CGAUGCACUGUUCUUUGGAGGUGCCGUUAUCAUGGCAUUUUCCCCGACACCUAGAGUUAUCGUUGUUGGGAGGGUAUUUGUUGGUCUUGGUGUUGGAAUGGCUUCCAUGACAGCUCCUCUGUACAUCUCUGAAGCCUCCCCUGCUAGGAUCAGAGGUGCUCUAGUGAGCACAAAUGGGCUUCUCAUCACUGGUGGCCAGUUCUUGGCCUACCUCAUCAAUCUAGCCUUCACUAAGGUGCCAGGGACCUGGCGGUGGAUGCUUGGCAUUGCAGGGGUUCCUGCCCUGGUCCAGUUCGUACUAAUGCUAAUGCUGCCAGAAUCACCUAAAUGGCUCUACAGGAAGGUUGAUAGUAGUAUUUGUUUUUACAAAAAGUAGUUCGUAUACAAGAAUUACUUUGGAUUCAAAUACCACAUCUUUGUCUGUACCUUAUAGAUAGCUACAUAAUAUAGUGAGUCAUUAUCCAAUGCCAACACGAGGAAAGGAUUA